GAAUCGAAUCGCGCCCUGCGCAAACACUCCGCAGGCCGAGUGUUUGGAUACUGGAAGUGAGCUACUGACGGGAAAUUGGACACAAUCGGCAUAGAAUCGACUUUCGAUUGUCAGGAAUUUUAUGCUGCGGGGCCGGCGGUCGAAAUCGCUUGGCUACAACAUGAUGGAGGAUGGAGUGACAGAGGAAUGGAGGUAGCACAAGGAGCAGACGCUGUCUAGAAGGUUGGGGUGGAAGUGUACAAGGUGAGUGUUGCUUGAGUGACGAUCAGCUCGAUGUGUCGGAGGUAGGACGGGACGCCGGGACUGUUGUUUUCUCACGAAGAGCUGCUUGAAAGUGCGGACGAUGAGUGGCAACGAGAAUUGUGAAGAUUUGUCGAGAUGGGCCGCUUCGAAGGGCAUAAGUGAUGCUCCUCGCGAAUCUGCGACAACGUCUGAUGGUCUGGGUCACUCACUCGUCGUCGCCAAUUUCCCAGAUGCCGGGGGAAGGGGCCUUGCGGCCAGUCGCAAUCUUAAAGAAGGGGAGUUGAUUCUAAGAGUUCCGAAGUCUGCUCUGAUGAGCGUGCUCAGUGCCAAGGCCGAUCCGCUGUUGUCUACUGCGUUAGCACGUCAUCCUUGCUUAUCUUCUGCUCAGAUACUUGCUGUGCACCUUUUGAAUGAGGCAGCCAAGGGGAAGUCAUCUACAUGGUCACCCUACCUCAUCCAUUUGCCUCGAAUUUAUCACACGCUACCCUACUUUGUUGCAAACGACGUUCAAGCUCUUCAAGUGGAAGAAGCUCGGUGGGUGGCAGAAAAAGCUAUAGAGAAGGCAGUGAUGGACUGGGAAGGUGCAAAAGGCUUCAUGCAUGAGAUUUCUCUACGUCGCCGUUUUAUGUCCUUCAAAGCAUGGCUUUGGGCUUCUGCCACAGUGAGUUUCUACUCGUACUCUCCAUGUACCCUGGGAUGAAGCUGGAACACUUUGUCCAGUCGGUGAUCUAUUCAACUAUGCUGCUCCUGGGGAGUACGUAUUUAAUAGGAAGGAGACUGUGACCAACUCAGCAGCUGAGGAUAAUAAAGAUCUGACAAGUGGUCACUCUCUUUUAUUUAAAGCAGAGGAACUUGAUGAUCGAGAUUCAUGCUCAAAUGGUCUCGAAGUAGAAACUGCCGAGGAGAUGGCAGAGUCUGAUUUUGAUAACGAUAUCAGCUGCAACGGAGUGACGAUUCGUGAAAGGCUCAGAGAUGGAGGCUUUGAAGCAGAUCACGGAGAGUACUGCUUCUAUGCUCGGCAGGAUUAUCAUAAAGGACAACAGGUUCUUUUGUGCUAUGGUUUGUACAACAACUUGGAGUUACUCGAGCACUACGGUUUUUUACUGCCUCAUAAUCCCAAUGACAAUGUCCACAUACGCCUUCCAGACUCUGAAGAAUUUGGUGUCGUUAAUGGGAAUCCUGGAAUGUCCUUGGGAGGAACCACAUGCCUUGAAAUCGAUGGAAGUCCAUCUUUCUCUCUCGUAGCAGGUCUCCGGCUUCGUGCUACCCACCCUUUCCUACGAAAGAGCAAGGGACACUUCGCUUUAAUGGGUAAGCAGAUUUCAGUAGAUUCAGACAUCCUUAUCUAUCAAUGGCUGGAGAAGAAAUGUACAUCUCUUUUAGCAUGUCAACCUACAUCUCUAGAUGAUGAUUUAAUCCUCAAGACAGUAGCCAGUUCUGCGCAAAGUUUUGCUGCAGUAGAAGAUCUGGCUCUUUCACUCUGUGAAACCCCUUCGAAAGCACAUGGGGAUAGAGUUCCAAAGAACGUCGUUCAUGAGAUACAGAAUCUAGUGAGUUCAUGCACGUCAGCGAACGAAGACAAAUUUGACAAAGAGGCGAGCUCUAGGACCAGGGAGAAGGACUUCCAGUUAGAAAGAUGGAAACUGGCGGUAGAAUGGAGAAUCGGAUAUAAACAAAUUCUUCACCGUUGCAUACAAUUUUGUGCCAAAAAAAUUUCAAUGUUGAAGCAGUAAGGAUACAAUU